AUGCACAAUGAAAUUAUCAAAUUUGAAGAAAAUCCAUUAAAGCACGAAACAAUAUCAGCAGCUGAACAACUAUUGCUGGCAUGUUAUUCUAAUAAAUCGUCGUCUAAAUACUCUGCUCCACAAUAUCAAACGCUCGAUGAACUGCGAGCAGCAGCUGCUCUGAAUGGCAUUAAACAACAUAAAAAAAAUAUUGCAGCAACGUUACCCCCAACUUCUGAUGCAUUUUACUAUCAUUGUUUACGUGCAUUCAGACAAAUUUAUAUAUGGACAAAAGCAUUUGAACAAUUUAUUGUUUAUCCAUCAUUAGAAAACAACGGCUAUGAGUUAAUUAACGGUCAAACGCUGAUUAAAUGGAAGGCGAAAUCUUCGAUUCCAGAUGAUAUUAGCUUAUCUAGCUGUGGAAAAUGUACAACUGGCUGUAAACAAUGUAAAUGCGGACUUAAUAAACUAAAAUGCACAAUAUACUGUCGCUGCGAUCCUGUUCGGUGCGAAAAUCGAUCAGAUAAAUAUAUGGCGAAAGAGGUUUUUGUUGAUGAUCAAAGUGAAGACGAUGAAUUUAGUGUUAACAUAGCUAAUUUCGGAUCCAAGGAAGAGCAAGCAGAAGCUGAAGAAAAUUUUCUUGAAGAUAUAAAUAAUUUAUCUGAUUUCGAAGACGAUUUGAUUGAUAAGCCAAAAUACACUUAUAUUACCCCUUUUCCGCAACAUCAUUCAUCGGUAGAACUUCCACUAGACGAAAGUUGUCUAGCGGAGUCCAGAUAUUUGUUCAAUCAUACCACAGAUCACGAUUAUUUUACACAAAAUGUAUCAUUUUCAGCAAAAUUUGAAAAUGACUUCGAGCGAAAACAAUCAUCGAUGCAAUAUUACAGCAGUAAUACAGCAGUGACGGAUAUGAACGAUGACAAUUCAAAUACCAACUUCUUCACACAAACAUCCCCGACAAACCCUCGAAAAAGGAGUGCAAAAUAUUCUUCUCGAUUGGAUAUCUUAAAUGAAUCAUUUGAUUAG